AUGACCAUCCCAUCUGCUUCGAAGACACUAGUCACCGUGUACGGGGCUACUGGUUCUCAGGGAGGCUCGGUCGCCCGAUCGCUGCUGCAAAACACCGAGUUUGCUGUCAGAGCAAUCACUCGAAAUGCUUCGUCAACCUCAGCGCAAAACCUCAAGGCCCUGGGCGCAGAGGUGGUUCAGGCAGACGGAUGGAACAAGAGCCAGGUGCAGGAAGCCUUUUCGGGCUCUUGGGCUGCUUUCGUGAACACCAACUCCGAGGAUCCGAUGUUUAUGAGCGACGACGGGCCGACCGAGUUCGAUCUUGGAAAAAUCAUCAUUGAUGGCAUCGUCGAAUCUGGAUCGGUAGAGCACCUCGUCUACAGCUCGGCCGUAUCCACCUCCGCAUUCACGCAGGGCGAGGUCACUGCCAAAGCAGCCGAAAUGAAAUCACGCGUUGAGAAAUACGCCAUGGCCACGGGCUAUUUCAAAUCCGUCUGUCCUGUCUACGCAGGAUGGUAUAUGGAACUGUUCAAUAAUACAGAUUUUGCGAGGGUUUUCGGCGGGUUUCCCAAAUUUCCAGACGCAGAGGGAUACCUGACUCUCAGUACCCCACGCUGGGGAGCCAAGACCGAUAUGCCAGUUCCCUGGGUUGCCGUGGAGAAGGACUUUGGAGACAUUGUCCACGGCGUGCUUUUGGCGCCGGAGAGGUACCACGGCAAGGUGAUUCCCGCCUUGAGCGACGCUUCUUCCUUCCCACAGGUCGUCGACGCAUUCCAAUCUGCUACGGGCAAGAAUGUGCGAUAUGUGCGACAGGCCAAGUGGGACAUGUUUGGGGCGGGCAUCCCGGAGCUCGAGGACCAGCGUCGUCUUUUCCACUUCGGCGAAUUAACCAACGGAAAAUAUUUCGGCGAUGAGCCGACUUCGACUACGGUCCCAGCUUACCUGAAAGCUCAAGCGGCCAAGGCCAAGAACAAGGGUGUCGACGAUGAGGCCGAGUUACUCACGUUGAAUCAAUGGUUCCGGUCAGGGUUCCGCCAGUAG